CUGGACCACACCGCAGAUGUUCAGCUGCACGCAUGGGGCGCCACGCUGACAGAGGCAUUUGAAAACGUGGCGCUGUGCAUGUUCAACUACAUGACGCCACUCAAGGGCAUCGCCAUCGACCCCGCGCUCACCAGGCGGUACGAGGCAGAGGGCCACGACAUGCAGUCCCUGCUGUUCAACUUCCUGGACGAGCUGCUCUUCUCCUUCUCAACAGAGUUCUUUGUGCCCAGCCAGCUGCGCAUCACCAGCUUUGACCGCCAAACCUGGCAAAUCAAGGCGGAGGGGCACGGCGAGAAGUUUGACCGCCAGCGCCACGUGUGCGGCACCGAGGUGAAGGCCAUCACCUACAGCGCGAUGCAGAUCAACGAGACGCCAGAGGAUGCAGAGGUGUUUGUGAUUGUGGACAUC